UCCAGCACGGCCGGAUUCUUUGUUUCUGGAAGUCUUGUCUCCACUCGGAACCUGGAUUACUUGGAGGGAGAAGCUGAAUUCUGCCAGGUUGUGCAGCUGGUAGGCAGAGGCUCGAAUCCUUUCAGUCCUGCACUGGAAAACACUGCCUGCUGCCCUCUAGCCUGCGGGUCCUCAGAGGACCUGUGGAGCCUAGGGAGAACGGGAGAGGUUGUAAACUUUGGGUCUCUAGACACCUUUGUCUUGGUUCAGAUGGAAGGUGUUGAAUCCUGAGGACCCUGCUUGCCUGGGCAUGUGACCCUGGAUUGGCUCCAACUGCUUCGGGUUGGCCCCGCCCCCGCAUUUUGAUAUCCUGUCCAGGCUGGGAGGAGGGCGCUGGACCAUGGAGGGGAUUGGCUCAGUCCAGCUCAUCGUCCUGCACAGCCGGUAGCCAGGAUCAAAAACAUUUCCAGGAAAGAGCGGACGUUUCUGGGACGCAUUACUCACUCCUGAGAAAAGGAUGCUACAGCUGGGCCUGUCCUGGCUGGGACUGGGGCCUGGAGCUGCCUUCCCAUGGCAACUUCUGCUGCUGGUUGGGGCCUCCUUGUUCCUGGCUCGAAUUCUGACCUGGAUUUGUGCCUUCUAUGACAACUACUGCCGUCUUCGCUGCUUCCCUCAACCCCCUUCGCGGCACUGGUUUUGGGGUCACAUGAGCAUGGUCAAGAACAGCGAGGAAGGCCUGCAGUUGUUGACUGAAAUGAGCCACCAGUUCCAUGAUGUCCACCUCUGUUGGAUUGGGCCCUUCUACCCCAUCUUGAGGUUUAUCCACCCCAAGUUCAUUGGCCCCAUACUCCAGGCCUCAGCUGCGGUGGCCCCUAAGGAAAUGAUUUUCUAUGGCUUCCUGAAGCCCUGGCUGGGGGACGGACUGUUGGUGAGUGCUGGUGAGAAAUGGAGCCGCCAACGCCACCUGCUGACACCUGCCUUCCACUUUGACAUCCUGAAGCCCUAUAUAAAAAAUUUUAAUAAGAGUGUGAACAUCAUGCAUGCCAAGUGGCAGCGUCUGACCACCAAGGGAACUGCCUGUCUGGACAUGUUGGAACACAUCAGCCUCAUGACCUUGGACAGCUUGCAGAAAUGUGUCUUCAGCUUUGACAGCAACUGUCAGGAGUCUCCCAGUGAAUAUAUUGCUGCUAUUCAGGAGCUCAGCUCCCUCAUAGUGAAACGGCACCACCAGCUCUUCCUGUACCUUGACUGUCUGUAUUUCUGCACUGCUGAUGGGCGGCGCUUCCGCGAGGCCUGCGACCUGGUGCACAACUUCACAGAUGCUGUCAUCAGGGAGAGACGGCGCACUCUCUCCAGCCAAAAUCUUGAUGAGUUCCUGAAGUCAAAGACUAAGUCCAAAACCCUGGACUUCAUCGAUGUGCUCUUAUUGGCCAAGGAUGAUCAUGGAAAGGAGCUGUCAGAUGAGGACAUCCGAGCGGAGGCUGACACCUUUAUGUUUGGAGGCCAUGACACCACAGCCAGUGCACUCUCCUGGAUCCUGUACAACCUGGCGAGGCACCCAGAAUACCAGGAGCGCUGCCGGCAGGAGGUUCAAGAGCUGCUGAGGGGCCGAGAGCCCGAGGAGAUUGAAUGGGACGACCUGGCCCAGCUGCCCUUCCUGACCAUGUGCAUCAAGGAGAGUCUGCGGCUGCAUCCCCCAGUCACGGUCAUUUCCCGUUGCUGCACCCAAGACGUUGUGCUUCCAGAUGGCCGGGUCAUCCCUAAAGGAACCGACUGUGUCAUCAGCAUCUUCGGGGUUCAUCACAACCCUGAAGUCUGGCCAGAUCCUGAGGUCUAUGAUCCCUUCCGCUUCGACCCAGAAAACCCACAGAAGAGGUCUCCUCUGGCUUUUAUUCCCUUUUCUGCAGGGCCCAGGAACUGCAUAGGACAGACUUUCGCCAUGAGCGAGAUGAAGGUGGCACUGGCGCUGACUCUGCUGCGCUUCCGCGUCCUGCCAGGUGACAAGGAGCCGCGCCGGAAGCCAGAGUUGAUCCUGCGCGCAGAGGGCGGGCUGUGGCUGCGGGUGGAGUCUCUGAGCAAGGGCACUCAGUGACCAGGUCUACUACUGUCCCAGUCACUUUCCUCUGCCAAUCCCAGAAUAAGCGGAGUUUCACCCAGAGCCAUCAGAGGGCGCUGCAGGACAACACAGACUGUCUGGAAGCCUGGCUGAGAAGAGACUGGGGCUGCUGUCUGAGUCCAAGGGCCUUUCUGGGUAGCCUACAGGGCCUGCAGACUGAUGAGAGUUUCAUGCAUCCAAGCUCAAGAACGGCCUUUAUUCUUUUGGCGAUAGGGAGGCCCCAUAGAUGUUUGAGCAGGAGAAUACAACGUUUACUGGCAGAUUUGGGGCAGUUUUCUUUUUUCUUUUGUUUUUGAGACAGGGUCUCAGCUUUUAGUGGAUAUAGCAGGCUGGUCUUUAACUUGUAUCAAGUCUCUGUUCUAACCACCCAAGCGGUGCAAUUAGAAAGUGGGCCACUGUGCCUGUUAUAUCUGAAGGGCUGUUUAUUAGAAAUGAAGGGCAGCUCCCCAGGGGAGAAGCCUGGGAGCCCCUCCAAAUGAUAUUAAAUGAUGUCCACGGCUUGUGAUGGCUAAGGCCACUGAGGCAGCUUCAAUUUAAAAUGACCUCACGCUGACAGGCUUCCUGUGUGGUGGUGUCCUUUCAUUCCCACUUACUCCUCUUGGGGCUGGGGGGUGGUGGUGGGGUGGCUCCAUGGAGAGACAGGUGGAUCCCAGCGCCUCACUGGCCAGCCAGACUUGCUGAAUCAGAGCUGCAGGUUCAGUAAGAGAUUCUAUCUCAGGAAGUUAAGUUGGAUGUGAUGAAUGAAGACACCUGACAUAAACUUCUGGCUUCCCUA